AUUAUUUCCAAAAUAUUGCACUAUAUAUACCCCUCUCUCAAUAAACAUUUUGCAAACCACUAUAACCAUAUCUCAUCAUAUAGUUUUGAAAAUGGAGAGAGUCUCAAUUUUCAUGAUAUAUUGUGCUCUUUUUGGCCUAGUUGUUGUUAACUUUGCAGCAGCACAAACUGUGCAUACAGUUGGAGACAACAUGGGAUGGAGAAUUCCCACAAGUGCUUCUGUCUCUUACUCCAAUUGGGCUUCUGGCAAAACAUUCAUGGUUGGUGAUAUCCUAGUGUUCAACUUUAUGACUAACGAGCACGACGUAGUCCAAGUGCCCAAAGCCUCGUACGAUGAUUGCAGCGACGACAAUGCCAUUGGCAACAUCAUCACCACCGGACCGGCCAAUAUCACCCUUGACAUGGCCGGAGAGCGCUACUACAUCUGCAGCAUAGGCAGACACUGCGAAGCGGGACAGAAACUAAACAUCACAGUAGUCUCAUCAUCCACCGGUGGUCCCACUCCGCCCGUGACCACCCCUCCCCCAGCCACACCCACCACUCCCCAGCCGGAUGCAUGUGCGCCAACGCCCGACGCUGAAACCCCAAGGCCAGGGGGAGCGCCACCGCCAACUGGACAGUCUGGACGUAUUCCACCACCACCACGUCCUAAUUCUGCCUCUGUUUCUCUAACUACCAGCUUCUUCUUUGUUAUAGCUUCUGCUGCCUUAGCCUUCAUUUUCUAAACAUUUUUAUCUUCAUUUUCCUAAUUUUUCUUGCUCUAGUGUUUUUUGUUUGGAUAUUUUAUAUUCUCUAUUGUGUAUUGGAUUGAAUUCAUCUUGAUUGGUUAUGAACUAAUCUUGCUACAUUUUGUAUCAUUUUUUUGUUCUGAGAGCUAUAAAGUCGUUUAUAUACUA